UCUCUCAAACAAAUCAAGAAAACAACAAAGAGAAGUAAGAAACAACUGAGAAUGUCUCCGAAACCUAUUUUUCGGGAAUACAUUAUUGGUUCAAAGGAAGUCCCACCAAUUGAGGGUUUCCCGGUUGAAAUCAUCAACAGAAGAAUCCCAGAAUUUCAUUUCAUUUUGGCCUUUGCCGCAGAGGACUACGUUGAGGAUGGUAGCGGGAAGAAAGUAGGGAAGGGAAAUUUCAGUGCAAAUUGGAACGUGACUAAGUUCAGCGCUAAAAAAAUCAGAGAACUAAAGGAAGAUUACGAGCAUGUGAAGGUAGUAAUAAGCCUUGGAGGUCGUGGCACCAAUUUUCCAUUCAAUCCUCAAGACAAAGAAAUAUGGAUUGACAAUGCAAAGAAAUCACUGAACCAGAUAAUCACGGUGCUGUACAAGUUUCAUCAUGAAACUGUGAUUGAUGGCAUUGACAUAAACUAUGAGCACAUAGAAUCCAGUGAAGAUGAGUUUGCUUACUGCAUAGGCAAGGUGAUAGAUUAUCUGAAAAGCAACAUAAGUGGAGUGGUGGUUUCCAUUGCUCCCUCAUUCCCUGUGCUUUCCCACUACCAGCAGUUGUUCAAGGCUAAUCCACACCGUAUUCAGUGGGUGAACUACCAGUACUACGAUCAGAAAGUCCCCAGCACACACGAAUUUGUGAACCUCCACAAAACCCUAAUUGACACCUUCGGUGUUGAGAAGCUCUUGGCAGGGUUCAGCACUGAUCCAAACGACAAGGGUAACAUAUCUGCUGAGGUCUUCGUUGAGGGUGUCCUCCAACUCCUCGCUUCUGGUUCGCUUGCUGGAAUCUUCGUUUCAGAUGCUCAGUCCUCUCUCUUGUCUGAGCCUCCCCUCUACCUUGAGAAGAAGUCACAAGAGAUCCUCACUGGAACCAAUUAGCUCUUGUGCUCUUUGCUUUCCAUGUAUUAUACCUCACGUACGGGUCACCCUCACACGCUAUCAUUACUACUACUACUAAAUAAGACCCUUUUUACCUUCUUCUUGCGUGCUCUUUCUUUGUUCAUGUUAUGUGUGCCUCCUGUAAUAAAUAAAACCAAAAUUUCCCUUUCUCUUCUAUA